CUCAGCCGUCAACAGUGAACUCAUGAAACUUGAUCAGCUGUUUCGCAUCGGAGACCGAGAGCAGUAUGAUAGACGACAGACGCCAUCCGCUGCCGAAGGCACGGCCACUCGAGUCCACAUAGAGAUGUACAUCAGAAGCUUCGGUUCCAUCAACCCGAUCCACAUGGACUACACGGUGGACCUGUACCUCCGCCAGCGUUGGCUAGAGCUGCGCUUCCUGAACAACUCCCUCACUCGACCCAUCGACCUCAACGACCCCAUCCUGGUCAAGUUCUUGUGGAAGCCCGAGGUUUACUUUCCCAACGCGAAGGAAUCCGACUUCCAGUACGUCACAGUGCCCAACGUGAUGCUCAGGAUCCACCCCGAUGGCACCAUUCUGUAUAUUCUGAGGCUCAAGCUGACCUUCUCUUGCAUGAUGGAUCUGUCCAGCUUCCCCCUCGACCACCAGACGUGCUACAUCCAGGUGGCCAGCUUCGUCAAGACCACCAGGGAGCUCGAACUUGUGUGGUACGACGACAGCCCCAUCAAGAUGUACAAGCGCCUCAAGUUGCCGCAGUUCCAGAUUAAGGACAUUAAGACCGAGACUUGCAGACAGUCCUUCCACAUCGGCAACUACAGCUGUCUCCAGGCGGUGUUCGAGCUGCGGCGCAACGUGGGCUACCACCUGGUGCAGUCGUACCUCCCGACGUCGCUGAUCGUCGUGGUGUCGUGGGUGAGCUUCUGGCUGGACGUGGACGCCAUCCCCUCCAGGGUGACCCUCGGGGUGACCACGCUCCUCACCGUCUGUUCCGAGUCCACGUCCUUCAGGGAUAAGAUGCCCACAGUAUCGUACGUGAAGGCGCUGGACAUCUGGAUGGGCUCCUGCACCGCCUUCGUGUUCCUGGCGCUGGUCGAGUUCACCGUCGUCAACCACCUGGCCAGGCACCACCGCCGCUACCUCUUCUGGGGCUCGAAGUACGUCCACCUCUCCUCCUCCGCCCGCGAGUGCAGUGACGCCGCGCCGCCCACCUGCUACGCGAAGACGCCCCGCAGCCCUUCGACCUCAUGGCUGAGCGUGGGCGUGAUCACUUCCAGGAGGAGGCCCACGAAGCUUCUCAAUGUGCAGACGCACCUGGAGGCCGACGUAGAAGGCAACGGCAUCACGGCGGGCGCCCACAGCUCGACGCCCUCGGCCCCCAAGGACGGCUCCGAGGCCCCGGAGCGACCGACGUCCGCCCGCGACGGCGAGAUCGCGGCUGACCGAGAGGGCGUCGAGGACCUGUGCGAGUCGAGAGGCGUCUAUUCGACCGACCAGGACGCGAACGAGGAGAAGCUGUCGUGUCUGCCGUCGAGGUGGAAGAAGGAGGCUGUCCUGGCCAAGAGGAUUGACAAGAUCUGCAGGGCGGUGUUCCCCAUCAUGUUCGUCCUGUUCAACAUUGUCUACUGGGAUUACUACGAGGUCUUGACGCUGUGAUCGUAAUGGAGUCCAGUGCAUCGUGUCACGGAGAUCGAGGGUAAUGCCGCAGCGAAUAGACACUCAGAACAUGUCCUGCAUCUAUCGAAACGAACCAAAACAGUAUCCAAUGAGCUAUUUUGAAUACGGUGUGCUUUCAUGAGUUAUAGCCCUAACCCUUAGCGAUAGUAGAGAACCGAUUUGAUGGUUAUACUCAUUCCUUAACAUAUUACUAGUUUAAAUACACGCAUUUUGUCGAUAUAUUUAUAUACUUCUCAAUAUCUCCAUAGGCUGCAGUGUUGAAGCACUAACCUGUUUUCGUGUUUUUAGGUACUUCAAUUGCUUGAAGGAUUUAGGUCUACGUUGUUUCCCUUGCUGUGCUAGAGUUCCCGCAUUUCAUGUGUAUUUCACUUCACUGGUCAUCAAAAUGUUGAUUCAAAAUACUUGUAUCAUGAUAUGGAGUAAUAUAAAGACG